AUGCUGCUGGUGGUGGUGAAUGGUGUGUCGGGGUCUGCGGUGUAUUUGAAGCUGCUGCCCGGCAAGGAGCUCUGCGUGACGUACGAGGGCCACCGCGACCCGGAGGAGGACCCGCCGACGGUCGACAUCCGCCACCGCGCCCUCGACCCCCGCAACGUCCACGUCCGCACGCGGCUCUACGGCCCGAGCGGGGCGGAGUUGCUGCACGGCGAGCGCAUUGAUCCCUUUGGGCACCCCGCCUCCAUCUUCUUCAAGGUGACGGAGACGGGCACCUACAGACUCUGCAUGCGCACCCCGCUGAGUCACCCAACGCUGCGGUUUGAGAUGCGGUUUGUGGGAGAGAGGGACUUGAUGGAGCCGGCAACAACAGUGGAGGGAACAGAGGUGGUGGAUAAACCCGUGGGGGUGGAGGACUACAAGGAUAGACUCAAUAUGUUGGAUAUAUGUGUUCAGGUGACUUUGGAUGAGGUGCGAAUGAGUGAAAAUCGUCUGCAUAUGCUAGAUGAAGUAACACAGGCAACAUACUAUCGUGUAGUGGGAAUGCUCAUUCUUAACGUGGCUCUCGCUAUAGGACUAAAUGUAUGGGCAGAGAAGUAUCUUGAACGUUACUUUACAAAGAAAAAGAUUGUCUAA